GUACUCUUACUUAAAUAUCAGUUACUAUCGGUUUUAUGAUGGCGCCAAUUAUUGUGUUAAUCACCGGUGCUAACAGAGGUAUCGGGAAAGGUCUCCUUGGCCUUUACCUUGCUAAGCCUAAUCAUACCGUCAUUGCUGCUAACCGUGACCCUGAUCACCCAAGUUCUAAGGCCCUUUUGGAGCUUCCCAAGGCCGAAGGAACAUCACUUGUUGUGAUUAAGAUCGAUGCUACAGUUCGCACGGAUCCACUGGAUGCUGUGAAGGCACUCCAUUCCCAAGGCAUUAACCACAUUGAUAUUCUAAUUGCGAAUGCCGCCAUUGCACUCUCCUUUCCCAAGGUUCGGGAUGUCGACACCGACGAAAUCCAAAAGCACAUAGUUACCAAUGUGUACGGCUUCCUAUGGCUCUUCCAAGCCUUUCGUCCCCUGUUGAAAGCUGCGAGAGAUCCAAUGUGGGUGACGAUCGGCUCCAGCGCCGCAUUUAUCACGUAUCAUAAUAGUUCUAAUUCUAUGUGUAGGAACAUGAUCCCAAUACAGAAUGCCGCUUAUGCUCCAACAAAAUUAAUGGUUCAUUGGUACACCAAGUCGAUUCAUAUCCAAGAGCCGUGGCUUACCGCGUUCCCCAUCGACCCAGGAUUCGUUCAGUCUGACAUGGGUAAUUUUGCUGCUCAGACUCUAGGAAGGGAGAAAGCUGCAAUUACUGUAGAGGAGAGCAUUACGGGAAUUGUAAAGGUGGCUGACACUGCAAUUAGAGAUACGCAUAGCGGGAAAAUGUGGCGAUAUGAUGGCGAAGAAGUGUCAUGGUAA